CAGGAGACGGGGGGGGGGGGGGAAAGGGGAAGAGCAAGAGGGCCUCGUGCUCGCCCCGCAGCGGCUCCUUUUUCCUUUUCGUCUCCGGCGUCUCAUUGCUCACCAGCGACCAUGCCCAGGAAGAAGGCGGCGGCGGCGGCGGCGGCCUGGGAGGAGCCGAGCUCGGGCAACGGCACGGCCCGCGCGGGGCCCCGGAGGCGCGGCGGCCCGGCCGGCAGGAAGCGCGAGCGGCCCGAGCGCUGCAGCAGCAGCAGCGGCGGCGGCAGCAGCGGCGACGAGGACGGGCCGGAGCUCGACGGGGCCCCCGGCGGGGCCAAGCGGGCGGCGCGGCCGGCGGCGGCCAAGGCGGGCGCGGCGGUGGUCAUCACGGAGCCGGAGCACACCAAGGAGCGCGUGAAACUUGAAGGGUCUAAGAGCAAAGGGCAGCUUUUGAUUUUUGGGGCAACCAACUGGGACUUGAUUGGUCGGAAAGAAGUGCCUAAGCAACAAGCUGCUUACCGCAACCUUGGUCAGAACUUAUGGGGACCUCACAGGUACGGGUGCCUGUCGGGGGUCCGGGUGCGGACGGUGGUCUCGGGUUCCUGUGCUGCCCACAGCCUCCUCAUCACCACAGAAGGGAAGCUCUGGAGCUGGGGUCGCAAUGAGAAGGGGCAGCUGGGACACGGCGACACCAAGAGGGUCGAAGCCCCCAAACUCAUCGAGGGUCUCAGCCAUGAGGUGAUCGUGUCUGCGGCAUGUGGGCGGAACCACACUUUGGCGUUGACGGAAACGGGCUCCGUCUUUGCAUUUGGGGAGAACAAGAUGGGGCAGCUGGGCCUCGGCAACCAGACAGACGCCGUCCCGAGCCCCGCACAGAUCAUGUACAACGGCCAGCCGAUCACCAAGAUGGCCUGCGGCGCCGAGUUCAGCAUGAUCAUGGACUGCAAAGGCAAUCUCUACUCCUUCGGGUGUCCCGAGUACGGCCAGCUGGGACACAACUCGGAUGGGAAGUUCAUCGCCCGCGCCCAGCGGAUAGAGUACGACUGCGAGCUGGUCCCCCGGCGAGUGGCCAUCUUCAUCGAGAAGACGAAAGACGGCCAGAUCCUGCCUGUUCCAAAUGUCGUCGUCCGCGACGUGGCCUGCGGUGCCAACCACACGUUGGUCCUGGACUCCCAGAAACGUGUCUUCUCCUGGGGUUUUGGUGGCUACGGCCGGCUGGGCCACACUGAGCAGAAGGACGAGAUGGUGCCCCGCCUGGUCAAACUGUUCGACUUCCCGGGGCGCGGAGCGUCCCAGAUCUAUGCCGGUUACACCUGCUCCUUCGCCGUCAGUGAAGUGGGUGGCUUGUUUUUCUGGGGGGCCACCAACACGUCUCGUGAGUCUACGAUGUACCCGAAGGCUGUGCAGGACCUCUGCGGCUGGAGAAUCCGGAGCUUGGCGUGCGGGAAGAGCAGCAUCAUCGUGUCUGCUGACGAGAGCACCAUUAGCUGGGGCCCGUCGCCCACCUUCGGAGAACUGGGCUACGGUGACCACAAGCCCAAGUCCUCCACGGCCGCUCAGGAGGUGAAGACGCUGGACGGCAUCUUCACGGAGCAGGUUGCCAUGGGCUACUCACACUCCCUGGUGAUAGCGAGAGACGAGAGUGAGGCCGAGAAGGAGAAGAUCAGGAAACUCCCAGAGUAUAACCCCCGGACCCUCUGACCCUCCCGUCGCCUCCACUCCACUCCACACGUCUGCGGCAGCUGUCACCCCCACGUGCACUGGGACGGGAAGUCAAACGAGGAAUCGGAAAGAAGCAGAGGUCGGCCGAAGGUGCAUUUUUGUUAGACCUCCCUGAGGUUCGUUUUAUAAGUCAUUCAACGUCAACUACCUUUUCUGUAUGCUUUCCAAAGUGUUUUUUUUUUUCCUCCCUCUCUAACGUUUAAUUAAAAUAUUUGCUCAUAGUUGACUUACCAUUCCUACAAAGAGGCAGAAAGAACUUUGAGCAACCUAGCUUACUACUAUUUUUAGUUUUCUCUUUUCCUCCUCUCUCCUGCGUGGACUUCCCAAACGCCCCCUCCAGUGGUCAUUAGCAUUGGGAUCCGAUUGGGAGCUGCCUGGGGAGAGCCCUCCCUUUGUUUGGGAAACCAGCGUCCCUCGGGAGCCAGCAGUGGCAGAGGCAGAGACAGACUCCAUCCGCAUCAGCCCCGUACUCUGGAAGCCUCCAGGUCACGCUUCCCUGCUCUCUGCUGACUGGCCCAGGCCGGCCUCCCGUCCUGUUUCUCCCCACGGCCGCUUGGAAGCCGUAGCCCCAGCCCCUUUUGGCUGCAGCAUUGGCAGAAGCUGCCGUCCCCCUGCGUGGGGGUCUGAGUUCCGUGUUUAGCCAUUUAUAUCUACAUUAGCUGUAAGAGAAGUCCAAAUAAAAGUCAGGUGACCGUGGAACCAGUGGGGUGGACAGGUCCGGGAACAUUCUAUCUGGUUCAAGGUCGGCUUGAAGACUCCUGGACGGAGCCACGGCCGCCUUGCCAGAACUCACCAUUAGAGAUUGACCAGCCAGCAGCAAAAAGAAAAAAGUGCAUUUUGGAGUCCUUGCAAAGAAGGCUCAGAGCUGUGUGUCCGGCCUUUUCCGCCCUGUGCUUCUGCCUGUCCCCCAGCGGCUGGGUCCUGUAGAAAGGCCCCUUCUGUCCUGCAAGCCCGGCCCCUCCCUAGUCGCCUUUGCUUGGCUGCGGUACCAAAUAGUCGGGAUUGCUGAAGAAGCCCACCGCCUCACAUGUCGGCGCAGACGCUGUGACCGCCACCCCGCCCUGCCGAGUGCCCCCGCCGCCGGCCGCACUGCUCACUGAGUUGCCAGGUGCCUUUCUGGACCCGAGAGGGUCAGCUCUGUCUGGGCUCUUGGUCUCGAGAGGGUCUGGACUGGUUUGGCUGCUUUAAAAUAGGUUUUUUAGUUCAGUGGUGCUUCUGGGGGCAUCGGGAGGUGGGGGGAAUAGCGCUUUUGUAUGAGAACGGGGUCGAGGGGAAAGUUGAAUAUUGGUCUUUUUUUUAAAAAAAAAAUUUUUUUUUUUUUUUGCUUUGCAAUGUUGUCAUUGUCUCGAUGUUCAAAUGCCAAAAAUGAUCUAGUCGUUGCUUUCCCCCGCUUGUCCCCCGUCACUGCUUCCAGCGGCUUCUGCCUCUGCGGCCACCUGGCCGCAUCUGUCCUGGCCAGUUCCGAGGCCUUGCCUGAGGAGACUGGUCCGCGUCUUGCUCAAAUUGAGUCUGAUUUCUCGCUCACGCCUGCCGUUCAGCCAGUAGCCCAGGGGAGAUGCUUCUGCAGCUUGCGAACUGCUAAACUGACCGGGCUUGUCCAGAUCACCCCAGAACCACCAUCUCUGAGUCCAGCCUGUGUGUGGAGGCCGCCAGUCACCCUAGACCAGUCUUCCCUAGGAAGAGGGUGUAGCCCUGGCCGCCGGGAGCUAAGCUGCCGUCCCCCAGGGCUUCGGUCUGCUGGUGACUGAUCUGCAAGUCUGGAGAAAGGGAAGGGAUGGGUGACCUUUUAGUAGACUGCCCUCUCGUAGUCACUCCUGUUGGUUUAGAGUUUGAAAUGAACUUCCAGCUAGGGAGGGUCCUUCAGAACCAGGAGUUGGGGGUGGGGGGGUGGCCUUGUUCUCUGAGGGAGAGGCACAGAGUCCUGUCCCGGGACUGUUAGGUGCUGAGCAUCUGACGUGCCUUCCGGCUCAGGAAGUAAAGGCGGAAGAGAAGCUUAGAGUGAGGGGAACCCAAGAAGAGGCUGUGAUUUGGUCGAAGGUGCCUGGUUUAGUGCUGUAAUCCUUUUUUUUUAUAUAUAUAUAUUUCUCGGAGUGAACAUUUUAAAUAAACAUCAUUGUUUACUGUU